UUUCUUGAACGGUUCCUGGACGGCUAUAUCCUACUCGAUGCACUAGAUGAAUGCCCCCGAGAUAAUGGCAGAGAGGAUGUUUUAAGACGCUUACCUAGUGUUCAUCUCUUAGUAAUAAGCCGGGACCAGCUUGACAUCCGACGAUCAUUAAAACCCUCUCAUGACUAUGAUCUAUUAAUGAAGAAUUCCGGAAUUGACAAAGAUAUCUUUAAUUUCGUCUCUUAUCAGCUGGAAAAUGAUACCAAGCUCCAGAGGUGGAAAGUGCGACAUAGCGAGAUCCAAACCAAAUUAACGCAGGGUGCGCAGGGAGUCUUCAGAUACGUGGAAUGUCAGCUUAACUCUUUUCGACGAGCGCGUAACCGAAACCAACUUAACAAAUACCUACACAGCUUGCCUCGCGAUCUAGAUGAAACCUAUGAACGCAUGCUUUGUGACAUUGAUGAAACAUAUGUUGAGGAUGUACGACGUAUAUUGAGUGUCCUUAGUUUCGCUAUCCGACCCCUCACUGUUAGUGAGUUGAUCGACGCUCAUGCGGUCGAACUUGGUGAAUCACCGUAUCUCGAUCGUGAGGGCCGAUCCUAUGGGCAAGAUGAUCUUGUUAAUAUCUGCCUUGGACUUGUAGAGGUAGUGGAAACCGACAAUGAUGAUGGACAAAUGAUCUCGAUCGCUCGCAUCGCUCAUUUCUCUGUCCAAGAGUAUCUUCAAUCAGAUCGUAUCAGAAAUCAGAGAGCGGAAGGAUUCGCUAUUAAUAGUGGAUCUGCAAACACAGAACUGGCGCAAAUCUGCCUUGCCUAUCUUUUACACCCAACGCUUUCUGAUGGCAUCUUAGAUAAGACGAAGAUUCGAGAUUUCCCACUUGCUCACUUCGCGGCUAUGCAUUGGUAUCAGUACUAUCAAAUGUCCCAAGAAGGAAAGUUGAAAGCUGAAAAACUGCUACUGAGAGUUUUCCAAAACGAGGCAAAUUCGUUCGUGACUUGGGCCAGGUUACAUGAGAUUGACCUUUCAUGGAAUAGAAACGUCAACUUUGAAAGACGCGUGGAGGAUAAAACAACAUUCCCAAUAUACUACGCAUCCUUUUUGGGGCUAGAAUCCAUUUUAAGGAAUAUCCUAGCGACUUAUGAGAAGACUUCUGGUCUAUCAAACAUAGUGAACGCCCAGGUUGGAGCCUAUGGCAAUGCACUUCAAGCUGCAUCAUAUGGAGGCCACAAAGAGGUGGUCCAAAUGCUACUAGAUCAAGGUGCCGAUGUGAACGCCCAGGGUGGAGCCUUUGGCAAUGCACUUCAAGCUGCAUCAACUGGAGGCGACAAAAAGGUGGUGCAAAUGCUACUGGAUCAAGGUGCCUAG